GGAAUUUUAAAUGAAAGAAUCGUGUAAGACGACAAUUGUUCAACGUGUACCUACAAUGGAGUUUUUAAAGACAGUUUUUGUUUUCUUCAUAAUUGCUGUGGUAUCAACAUGGGCUAAUAAUUGUCCGGAAGCAUGUGACGAACCAUAUGAUUCCGAUCCAAUUUGUGGCGUAAAUUUGAAAGGAGAACUUCAACUUUAUCCAAACAAAUGUGAAUAUGAUGUUGCGGUAUGUAAUAAUAAUGUCCAAGGAGUUGAUUGGCGGCCAUGUACAGCCCACGAUUUAGAGGAUCAUCCUCAAGUACAUUAUGGAACUUCUAAACAUUCAAUGGAAUCAACAACUGCCAAAUCAAGCACAGAUAUACCAUGCGGCACUAAUGGGUAUUUUGAUUGCAGCUAUUUACAUAACUAAGUUUAUAUCAAACUAGUUGACCCGGCGAACUUCGUACCUCCUAAGAGUCGAUUUUUUUUUUUUUAAAUACUUAUUCUGCUACUCGGGACAUCGGGUCAGCUAGUAAGAUAAAAAAAUAAAAAAA